UGUAUGGAGUGGAAACCAAAUAUACAAAUAUAGGAUCGGAUUGACUCCACAGUGCGCAGAGAUGAGAAGAAAUCAGUUAGCGAACUUUUCCAAUCUUCCUCGCUAAGGUUCUGCGUAACCGCUGCUUCAAUUUAACCCAUUGCUUCUUCUCUCACCCUUCCCUGCACGAGCCAAAACUUGGAGGUAGCAUACAAUAGUUUCCGAUGAGUACUGCUGGAUGGUCAGAUGAGGAAUGCUCUGUCAUUGGAGAAAAGGCAGAAAUCGGGUUUCUAGAUUUUGAGGAAGAGAAAUCUGUUUGCAGUUACGUUGAGGAUGAAAGGGCACCGAUUAUUGUAUCUGUCCCAUUUGCAUUUGUGAAUGGCAAGCCUCAAUCUGUAAUUGUAGGAGAUACUGCAGUGGAUUUAAUAACAAUUAAGAAUACUACUGGUGAACCUGUGGACCUGUGGAGUGUUCAUAUUUUUGCCUCAAAUCCUCAGGACAGUUUUACUCUUUCUCUCACAGAGCCUCCAUCAGCAAAUUCAAAUGCAGACGGAGACCAAAGCUUUUUAGAAUCUUUCACUUUGGAGGACAGGGUGCUUCAGCCUGGAGAGAACUUAAAAAUAUGGUUGUCUUGCAAGACAAAAGAUAUGGGCAUGUACUCAUCAGUUGUUUAUUUUGAUGUUGGAGAUGAAAAAAUCGAAAGGGUGGUUUUCCUCUUAGUUGAAGACAAACUCUCUAAAUCUUUGGCUUCUAACAGGCCUUAUUCAAGAGCAAGGAAAAAAGAUAAAUUUGUCGUAGAUACUUUUGUUGCGGCUUCACGUCCUGUAGGGAAGCCAACCCGAAGAUAUAUAAAUCGACUUCCAAGAUAUAACAUUCCCAGGGACAUCAGAGAGUUGCUUGAGAGCAAUCAGGUCCCUCAAAUUCUUGAAGAAGGUCUUACAAAAAGGACUUAUGCUUCUUAUUUCAAAACAUUAAUAAUAAUGGAAGAGAUACAAUUGGAGGAAGACAUGAGGACUUAUGACAUGGAAUGCAUAUCUAUGAGAAAGAGAACCAGUAAUUUCUUGACUAUGGAGGUUCCUGGGCUUGCUGAGAGAAGGCCCUCGCUGGUUCAUGGGGAUUCUAUCUUUGCCAAACUCUCAUCUGGACAUGAUAAUAACACCACAUCCGUUUAUCAGGGAUUUGUCCACCGAGUUGAAGCUGAUGAGGUCUAUUUGAAGUUUGAUCCUGAAUUUCAUUUUUUCCAUAGGGAUGAAAAUCGCUAUGAUGUUCACUUCACAUAUAACAGGCUUAAUAUGAGAAGGUUAUAUCAGGCAGUUGAGGCAGCAGAUUACUUGGGAAAUGAGUUCCUUUUUCCAUCUUCGUUUUCCAGAAAGAGGCAGAUCAAAACCACUGCUUUGGUUCCCAUAUCUGGUACUUUUAACGAGGAGCAAAUUUGUUCAAUCAAAAUGAUUCUUGGUUGCAAAGGUGCACCGCCUUAUGUGAUUCAUGGGCCCCCAGGUACGGGAAAGUCGAGGACAAUAGUAGAAGCAAUCCUCCAGCUCUACAAAUAUAAUAAAAAUGCUCGUAUUCUUGUCUGUGCACCCUCAAAUAGUGCAGCAGACUACAUACUGGAGAAACUCCUUGCUCAAAAGGAUGUUGCGUUUCGAGAAACUGAAAUAUUCAGGCUCAAUGCAUCUACCAGGCCAUAUGAGGAUGUCAAACCUGAACUUAUCCGCUUCUGCUUCUUUGAUGAUUUGGUAUUUAAGUGUCCCCCAGUCAAUGCCCUCAUUCAUUAUAGGAUCAUAAUAUCCACAUAUAUGAGUGCUGGUCUUCUUUAUGCUGAAGAUGUUUCCCGCGGUCACUUCUCUCACAUUUUCUUGGAUGAGGCUGGUCAAGCUUCAGAACCUGAAACCCUGAUUCCUGUGUCCCACCUCUGCACAAGGGAUACUGUUGUUGUUUUGGCUGGAGACCAGUUGCAGUUGGGUCCAGUAAUAUAUUCCAAAAAAGCAGAAGAGUAUGGGUUGGGGGUUUCAUACAUGGAACGGUUAUCUGAAUGCGAGUUAUAUUCUAUGGGAGAUGCAAAUUAUGUAACAAGAUUGGUUAAGAACUAUCGUUGUCACCCAGCGAUUUUACAUCUCCCUUCAAAGCUGUUCUAUGAAGGGGAAUUGAUUGCCUGUAGAGAUCCUACAACUUUCAUGAAGAUUGGGGAGUUGCUCCCUAAUCAGGAAUUUCCUAUUCUUUUCUAUGGCAUCCAAGGAUGUGAUGAAAGAGAAGGGAAUAACCCCUCUUGGUUCAACCGAAUUGAAGUAAGUAAAGUUAUAGAAGUUGUCAGGAGACUGAUAGCCGGUGGGAAUAUAAAUGAGGAAAACAUUGGCAUAAUAACUCCAUAUAGGCAACAAGUGCUGAAAAUAAAACAGACGCUUGAAAAUCUAGAUAUGCCUGAAAUCAAAGUGGGUAGCGUUGAACAAUUUCAAGGACAAGAGAAGGAGGUUAUUAUCGUAUCAACUGUUCGAUCUACCAUCAAACACAAUGAGUUUGACAGAGUCCACUGUCUUGGCUUUUUGAGCAAUUACAGAAGGUUUAAUGUGGCUAUAACCCGAGCUAUAUCACUGCUGGUUAUAAUUGGGAACCCACAUAUUAUCUGCAAGGACGACAAUUGGAGCCAAAUGUUGUGGCACUGUGUGGACAACUCAUCUUAUCUGGGUUGUUCUCCUCCUGAAAGGCUUCAACAUUGUGAGGAAGAGGACACUGGAGAGAACUCAUGCUUUACUGAAGAUAAUGCAUUGCCACCCUCCAACAAUGUUGGAUGGGGUCCGGAUUCAUCCCCGUUAGAUUUACCUAAACCUGUUACCGAUGAAGCUGAAUGGUCUGACGGCUGGAGAAGUAAUUAAUCUAGCACCUCGGACUUGGACUUUUUCACAAGAUUCAUGUUUAUACUCUCUUUAUGACUUUUUGUAUUAGGUUUCUGUGGACUUACACUUGUGUUUGGAACGAGGCCUAGUUGAUUUUAUUUAUCCCAUAAAGUUUUUUUAAAAAAAAUAAAAUUAAAAAGGCGAUCUAACCCAUAUUGUAUCCUGGUGAAUUGAUUAAUUACAAAUUGUUUAUCAU